GUCAUCAUAUCAUAUAUACCACCAAACCAAUUCAUUUUCUCACCUUUCUCUCCUUAUCAUUCUCAUAACUAGAGACAUAUAUUUUGGUUUGUAACAAUGGGAAGAAGAAAAUGUUCACAUUGUGGUAAAAUAGGACAUAAUUGUAGGACAUGCACAUCCUUCACCACAAAACUUGUAGGACUUCGUCUCUUUGGUGUCCAACUUUCCUCCUCCUCAUCAUCAUCUAAUACCAUCAUCAAGAAAAGCUUUAGCAUGGACACUUUUCCCUCACCAACCUCUUCAUCUUCCUCAUUCUCUUCAUCAACCAUUCAUGAUAAUCAUCAUCACAAAUCCACCUCUAAUCUUGCCUAUCUAUCUGAUUGCUUUAUAGGUCCACCCCAAGAGAGGAAGAAAGGAGUUCCAUGGACAGAAGAAGAACAUAGAAUAUUUCUUGUUGGAUUAGAAAAGCUUGGAAAAGGAGACUGGAGAGGUAUCGCUAGAAACUUUGUCACUACAAGAACUCCUACACAAGUCGCAAGUCAUGCUCAAAAAUAUUUUAUCCGAUUAGCAACUCUCAAUAACAAGAAACGGCGAUCAAGUCUCUUUGACUUGGUUGGGAGCAAGAACACCAAGAGAGAAGGACAAGGUCAUAAAUUAGAGGAUACUAAGUGUAAUUGUGAAGUUGAAAAAGAAGAAGAAACCAAAUUAGAUACACAAGAAAUUAAUUACUCUAAAGUUAAUUGGUUACAUAAUCAUCAUUCUUCAAAUUAUGUAGCAGUGCCUAAUUUGGACCUUACACUUGCUGUUGCACCCCCUAAGGCUAAUCAACCCUCUCCAGCUGGCCCAUUUCUUCUAGGCCCAAUUAGGGUCACUUAAUUCAUUAAGUAUUGUGGAAUUUUUCAGAUUGAGUAAUUUUAAUUAUAAAUUUCUUGUCAAGUGUAACUUAACCUCAUGCACAAGAAGAUAUGAUCAAAAUGAGAUUACAUUUUUCUUGG